CCGUAUACUCUAAACCCAAAUCAUAGACCCUAAACCCAAACCGUAAACCUUAAAUCCAAACCGUAAACCUUAAACCCAAACCAUAUACCCUAAACGAAAUCCUAGACCCUAAACCAAUAUCGUUUAUUCUAAACCCAAAUCUUAGACUUAAAACCCAAACCGUAAACCCUAAACCUAGACGCUAUAAAAUUUGGGUUUAGGAUCUAUUAAAGGAACUCACGAUAAAAACCCACCGGAUUUGAUUUUUCGAUAUAGGUUUAGAGUAUAUGGUUUAGGUUUAUGGUAUACAGUUUGGAUUUAGGGUCUAGAAUUUGGGUUUGGGGUUUAGGGUUUAGGAUUAAAUUUUUAGGUCUAGAAUUUAAGAUUUAGGGUUUAGUGUUUAUCUAGCGGCGUCAUCGUCAUUGAAAUUGGCAUUAUUCUUUUUUUUUAGUUAUUUUUAAAUAAAUUUAAUUAUUUUUUAAUAAAUUUAAAGUUUCACCCUAUAAAUUGAUCAAGGGUUAGUAUGGUAAUCAUGAUUUGAUUUGGGUUAAAAGAUGAUCAAGUUUUAGUGUAACUGAUGAAACUUGAUCAUUUACUUGCUUUCGCGAAUGUCAAUGGUGGUUUACCUGCUGCGGAUGAAAUGGGUACGCAGUGAGUAGGCUUGAGAUUGAGUCCGAUCUAUGUGAUGCGUGAAAGGACUUUGGUGGAGUUGGUAGUGGCAGUGGAUAAUGAGAUCAGCCAGGUCACUAAAUUGAAGUCUAGUCCUCAUCAAGGGUCAAGUCCCUGGGAGACAUGAGUUACCACCGUGAGGAUGUUGGCUGGUCGAGAAAGUAAUUUCUCUGGAAGAGGUGGAAGGUUCUCCGCUGCUGAUUGUUGCCAUAUGCUUAGCAGAUAUAUUUUCCUGUAAAAGGUCCUUCCUUGGCUUAUUGAUCAAAUGGACAGCCGAGCUUAUGUCUCUCAGUUUUCAACUGAUGGUUCUCUCUUUAUUGCUGCCUUUCAGGUGAAUUCUUCAUUCCGGUAGUUAGUAACCCACUCUCAUUUCUACAAAUGUUCAUGUUUCAUUCUUUACUUUCAGGGAAGCCAUAUUCGGAUUUAUAAUGUAGAGAAAGGUUGGAAAGUUCAUAAAGAUAUUCUUACAAAAAGUUUGCGUUGGACUGUUACUGAUACUUCUCUCUCCCCUGUAAGUAGGGAAAGCAGUUUUGUUUAUAUUCCAAUUUGGAAAGGUAUAAUGACUCCCUUUUUGCAGGUUUUUGCAAACAUGUCCCCUAUUGUUCACAUCGUCGAUGUUGGCUCUGGUGCAACCGAGUCUCAUGCAAAUGUCACGGUAUGAACUGAGAAUAUUAGAAUAAGAUGUGUUUUUUUUUUUUUUUUUAUUCUCCUUUUCAGCCGUUUCUUAAUUAGUUUGAGAUGCUUGUCUUUUUGCACGGGAUCCAUGAUGGAUUAGACUUCUCUACUGCUGAAGAUGGAGGCUACUCUUUUGGAAUGUUCUCUGUUAAAUUUUCAACCGAUGGACGAGAGCUUGUUGCUGGGAGCAGUGAUGAUUCCAUUUAUGUUUAUGAUCUUGAAGCAAAUCGAGGUUCACUCCUGACUGUUGCACACACUGUAAAAACCAUUUCUUGUUUUGUUCUGUAACACUCUUCAUCCAUUCUUUUAUACACAGACCAAGUUAGUUAAUAAGUCACAUCUAUUGAUGCAGUCUGAUGUAAACACUGUGUGUUUUGCGGAUGAAAGUUGAAACCUGAUUUUAUCAGGAGGUGAUGAUAAUCUCUGCAAGGUGUGGGAUAGGCGUUGUUUCAUUGGGAGAGAUAAGGCAGCUGGUGUUCUGGUGGGACACCUCGAAGGUGUAACCUUUAUUGAUACCCGUGGAGAUGGACGCUAUUUCAUAUCAAAUGGCAAAGACCAAACCAUCAAGUUAUGGGAUAUCAGAAAAAUGUCCGCAACCCCACCCCAUGCAAAGUAACAACACAUUAUUGGCUGCAUCUUGUUUAUCAUAUGAAUGAAGAGUUUGAAAUGUUCUGUUUUUCUUUAUACAAGGCAUUAGGUGCAGAGAAACUAUGAAUGGGAUUACAGAUGCAUGGAAUACCCUCCUGAGUCCAUAAAUCUAAAGCACCCUUUUGAUCAGUCAGUGUCCACUUAUAAAGGUCAAUCAGUCUUGCGUACUCUAAUCCGUUGCUACUUCUCUCCGUUGCAUAGGUCAGUCUUCUCAAGCUCCAUAACGUUCCAAGCUUGACAUAGAAGAACCUUCUUUACACACUUCUCAAAUUCUUUUGUUAUUUCUUUUUACAGUACUGGAUCCAACGACAGUUCUGUCUACAUAUAUGACUUGGUAAUGGCUUUAUCAUCCUCAUAACACACAUUUAAGAGACACAAUCACAUGAAAAGAUGCAACACUUCAUGGUUUAUUUAUUUUUUUCUUCUUUUUGACCAAUCUUGGAAUCUAUUAAUCUGAUCUUAGGUAAGUGGAGAUAAAGUGGUAGUGCUAAAGCACCAUAGCUCACCUAUAAGAGACUGUACUUGGCAUCCACAUUACCCCACUAUUAAAAGUUCGUCGUGGGACGGAGAUCUUGUGAAAUGGGAAUUUCCGGGGAGCGGUGAGGCGCCUAUCAUGAGCAACAAGAGGGUUCGAAGGAGACAUUUCUACUACUGAGCAAUCUACACGUACACAUAUAUGGUCUCUGUAAGUUAAUAUGUAAAAGAAGAAGAUGAUAAAUGAUGUAAACACAAGUGAGACAUCAAAUAAGGCUUUGAAGGUAGAAAAUGCUUUUGUGUAUAUUGUUGUGACCAAGCUUAUUCAGAAGCUAACAAGGUUAGCUGUCUCAAGCUUAUUUGGCAAUUAAUUUCGGGGAAGGAAUCACUAUGGACGAGAUGGAUGAAGAGAAUGGUAAUGGAUAAUAAUUCCUUCUGGUCAGUGAAUGAAAAUUCAAGUAAGGGAUCCUGGAUUGGAAGAAAAUCCUUAAAUAUCGAGCACUUGCAAAGCUUCAUCAUAAGAUGGAUGUCAGUAAUGGGUUACUGACGUCAUUCUGGUAUGAUUCAUGGUCACCUCUUGGCUGUCUGUUGGAUAUUACUGAGGCAAGAGAAUGAGCAGCUAGAGUGGGCGAAGGACAUAUGAUUUUCACAUAGACCACCUAAAUAUACUUUUCUCACUUGGCUAUCAAUGAAGAAUAGGCUUUCUACCGGUGAUCGCAUUGAAAGUUGGCAAACAUGACAGAGAGUGGAUUGUGUUCUGUGUGGUCAUCCUCAUGGUAAUCCUCAGGAAACACGCAAUCACUUGUUUUUUGAAUGUGGAUACUCUUCAAGUUUAUGGCAUUCACUAAUGUAUGUGUUCCUGCAUCUGCAUCUCAGGGAGUAUAAUAGUCUGCAACCUUUCUUGCUUGGCUAUAGCAUCCAAGCGACUAUAUAUCAUCUUUGGCGGGAACGAAAUAACAAGAGGCAUGGGGAGAAAGCAAUGCCGUGGGCACGAUUAGCUCUUUUUGUUGACAAGACAAUUCGGAACAGGCUAACUACUCUGUGUGAGCAAGGGCAGGUGAAGUAUUAAGGCGGCCUCAGGUUGUGGUUUGCAACUCGUCAAGUUUAACAAUUUCGGUGACAAUUUUUUUUAGAUUUGAUUUGAUAGUUUGAUAGAGAAUAUCAUGUUGUAAAAAGAAGUAUUUUGGUUUUGAAUUAAUUUAACAUUUUAAAAAAAAGAAGUAUAUUGUUGUGACCAAGAAUAAAAAUAUUGUUACAAAUGUGAUCACGUAUGAGGACACUAAGCAUCUUCUCAUUGUUUCUGCUUUAUCAUCAGUACAUAUGUCACUUUGUCUUUGCCUUUAUCUUUAAAUGUUACCGACAUAGACAUCUAUAAAUAGAGAGGCUGUACUUGGUUAUUUGAAUAAUCUGAAUAAGAUCAACUCUUCUUCUCCUCUUACGACCAAACUCUUCCUCUCUGUCUCUUUAUCACUUUCUAACAUACAUAUACAAUAAAUUAUUAUCUCUCACAACACGUUAUCAGCACGAGGCCCUGACCAACUGAAGCUUAUCAAUCCGAAAGUUCUUAAACCAGCCGAGGUAAUGUUUAAAUUUAUGUAUUUCAAUAUACUUAAUUUAUUUAAAUUUUAUUAUUAUUUCGGAGUGAAAGGCUGGACCUUCUCCGUUUAUUUUUCGGGAUGAUAGGCGCUGUCUUCCCCGACUGAUCGUUAUGGUAGGCUAUGCCUUCACGAUCAGAGAAACACGUGGUAGGCUUUGCCUCCGUGAAUAAAAAUAAAAGGUCAAAAAUGGUAGACUAAGUCUCCUCGGACCUUGAAAUAAGUAAAAGUCAAAAUGGUAGACCAUGUCUCCUCGGACUUUGAAAAAUAAUCCAUAUGGUAGUCUAUGACUCCUCGGACCAUGUGGUAGGCUGAGCCUCCCGAUUUUAUUUAUGCUAUUUAAAUUCCUGCAAUUUAAAUUUAUGCAAUUUAAAUUUAUGCUUUUAAUUUUUGCAUUUAAAUUAUGCAUUUAGAUUCCCGUAUUUACUAUAUUUAUAAUAUUAUUCUAUGAAUACAGUUAUCAUGUCGAAUUUGACAAAGCUCGAAAUUAAUGCCCUGGAUAUUACGGGAAAUAAUUAUAUGACCUGGGCAGUGGGUGCAAAGAUGCACCUGAGAGGAAACGGGCUUUUGGAAACCAUUGAUAGUUCGAAAACGGUGUCGGAUGAGAAAAAGGCUAAAGCCAUGAUAUUUUUACGACACCACAUCCAUGAUGGUUUAAAGGAUGAAUAUAUUACGAAAGAGGAUCCUUGUGACCUCUGGAAAUCUUUAAAAGAGAGGUUCGAUCACCAUAAAUAUGUGAUCUUACCGAAAGCUAAACACGAGUGGAUCCAUCUCCGUUUCCAGGAUUACAAAAGUGUUAGUGAGUUUAAUUCCGCGAUGUUCGGAAUUACUUCGAGGAUGAUGUUAUGCGGAGAGAAAAUAAGUGAUUAUGAUAUGAUCGAGAAAACUCUCUCCACGUUCCAUCCUGAAAAUGUAAUCCUGCAGCAGCAGUACCGGGUGAAUGGAUAUACCCGUUACUCGGAGUUGAUGCAAGUCCUCCUUGUAGCGGAGCAGAAUAAUCAACUCGUGACUUUAAACCAUCAAGCUCGUCCCACUGGAUCUGCUCCAUUCCCUGAAGCGAAUGUUGCAUCAUCCAGUUAUGAUAAUAGAAGAGGACGAGGUCGUGGACGUGGUGGAAACCGUUAUCAUGGUCGUGGAAGAGGACGAGGAAGAAGAUUUCAUCCCUAUGAUGAAAGAAAUAAUAAAGACUUCCACGAAAAUGAAAGGAAUGAAAAGGGCCAGGAUGAUAAAAGGCAAACAAGAAAGGUUUGCUACAGAUGCGGCAUGAAAGGUCAUUGGGUACGAAACUGUCGUACGCCAAAACAUUUAGCCGAUCUGUAUAGAGAAUCCCAAAAGGGAAAAGAGAAAGGAAGAGGUGAAACAAACUUCAUCUCUGAUGAACCUGAGCCAUCCUUUUAUGGUUUGAACGAUGAUACUCAUCUCGACGUAUCAGACUUUCUGGUUGAGCCAGAGAGUAUCGAUGAGUAAUGUAGAUCGAUGUGAUAUAAAUAGACUGUAUUAUAGUAUCUAUAUCUUUUGUUGUAAGAUAUAUGUUAUGUUUGUCAUGUUUGAUGUUUAAUAAUAUGUUUUAUGAAUAUUUUAUAUUCAGAAAAUGCCAAACUUUGAGACUAUGGAUGGAGAUAUGUGUUUGGCAGAUAGUGCGUCAACGCACACGAUAAUUAAAGAUAAGAAAUAUUUCUCCAGUCUCAAAAUAAAAGAUUACGCUGGAAGCGUAAGUACAAUAUCUGGUAAUGCAAAGAUUAUUAUGGGCUCUGGAAGAGCGAAAUUUUCAAUGCCAGGGGGAACAAUAUUUGAAAUAAGUGAUGCAUUGUAUUCCUCCGAGUCUCAUAGAAACUUGUUAAGUUUUAAGGAUAUCCGAAGAAAUGGAUAUCAUAUUGAGACUAUGAGUAAAGAUGGCAUUGAAUUUCUUUGCAUUAAGUCCGAGAGGAAACAUAUAUUGGAAGAGUUAAGAAUGUUAUCCUCUGGACUAUAUUGUACGAAAACAACCAUGACUGAAUCCUAUGCCGUGGUAAACAUGAAGUUUACUGAUACAUUUAAGAUUUGGCAUGAGAGGCUAGGACAUCCUGGUUCAGUCAUGAUGAGAAAGAUAGUGCAAAAUUCGAAUGGCCAUCCGUUGAAAAACGGAAAAAUUUUGCAAACGGGCGAAUUUACAUGCAAUGCAUGUUCUCAAGGGAAACUUAUAACUCGGCCAUCACCAGCAAAAGUAGGCAAUGAAUCACCAAUGUUUUUAGAAAGGAUACAUGGUGUAAAUGUGGGCCGAUCCACCCACCGUGCGGGCCAUUUAAGUAUUUCAUGGUAUUGAUUGACGCAUCUAGUAGAUGGUCAAGUGUGUCUCUUUUGACGACACGAAAUACGGCUUUCGCAAAAUUCAUUGCCCAGAUAAUAAAGCUGAGAACGCAGUUCUCAGAGUAUGCCAUUAAGAAAGUAAGGCUUGAUAAUGCUGGUGAAUUUACAUCACAAGCCUUUGAUGAUUAUUGUAUGUCAAUGGGGAUUGAUGUGGAGCAUCCAGUUCCCCAUGUGCAUACACAAAAUGGCAUGGCCGAGUCAUUGAUAAAACGGUUGCAGUUGAUUGCAAGACCGUUAGUCUUGAGAACGAAGCUCCCAAUUUCUGUAUGGGGACAUGCUAUAUUGCAUGCGGCUGCACUGGUUCGGUUAAGACCGAGUGCAUAUCAUAGGUACUCCCCAUUACAAUUGGCAUCUGGGCAAGAGCCAGAUGUAUCCCAUCUCCGUG